AUGGCGACGCUGGGCUUGGACGACGACGAGCUCAAGUCGGUUGAGCAGACACUGGCUCGGUUGGCGCAGCUCUCGAGCAGCAUACAAAGCUUAAAGAUGGAUAUUCUCAAGAGCAAUCCGCUUCCUCACCCCUCCUCAUUACAAGCCUCGGCUCAGAUCCUCCAGCGCAACCUCCAGACGGUAUUAGAUAACCUGAGCGAGAACGCAGAGCUCUUCUCGCGCAUCGCCGUGCAUCCAUCGACAAAUUAUCCCGGACGAACACAAGAAGGCGUCUUGACCCAGCUGCUGCGGAAGAAGCUAGAGCCAGAUGUGGAGGAGCUCGUUUCACAGGGACGCGAGACGGCACGCCUAGCUACGCCUGAGGGCAUUGCGGAGCUACAGAGCAUAUGGGACGAGCUGCGGGAAUGGACACAUGACAGGAUUGCUAAAUACGUCAGAGAAGAGGCCGGCGAUGUCUACACCAAAGAAGAGAGGGAGAUGGGCGUCGAUAAGGUGCGCACAGGACUGAGAAAAGGUCUGGACGAAGAAAGCGACGAAGAAGACGACGAAGACGAAGACGAGGAUGAGGAUAAUGAUGACGCCAUGGACGCGACGAAUGAUCAAGCAAAAUCGGCGGCAGUGGGUAGGGGACCUGAGCCAGAAACUCUGCUUUGGUUUGCGGCGCGAGGAGAUUUCGACGUGCCGCGGAAUGUUGAAUAUGAGAGAAAAUCUGGGGGGAAAAGGGGAUAUGAAGGAGUGAAUAUACCGCCAGGCUCGUCUUAG